UAAGUUUUCACCAUUUAAUGAUCAAUUUAACACCUAAAAUUGGAAAAAAUAAAAUCAUUUUUGGGUGAGGGACCAAAAGGUAAAUCUGGUGGCCUAGAAUGGGGGUAUGGUAGAGGCCAUUGUUGCUUUUGUAUUGGAUCCGUGAGAAGGCACUGAACACUGAAGACUUUCUUUACCAUCUCUCUCUCUUCUUGACAACUUCAACUGCUGCUUUAUCUUUUGUCUGAUUCUCUUUUUCUCCGGGCAGGAUUCAAGACAGCUACUUGAUAUUUAUAAAGAGAGAAAGGAAUCAGAGUAGGGGGGAUCUUUGGAUUUCAAUCAUGUUCAAGAAGUCACCUAGUAGAAACCAAAGAUCCAAAGGUAUCAAGGCAAGGCAUGUCCUUCAGAUUUGUCUGCUACUUGGGGUCUGCUUCUGGUUGAUCUACCAAGUCAAGCGCUCCCAUGAUAAGAGAAAAGAAUUUGAUGAGAAUGAUGCUAAUGCCUCUGUGAAAGCACAAAGUGAUGAUGUGAUUCUAAAACUUGGGAGGAAAGACCUUCCUCAUGAGCAGGAAGUAUCUAAGAACUACAAACAUGAGGAAGAAGAGGAAGAAGAAAAUGGAGCAGGGGAUGAAAAUAAGCAUGAUGAAGAACAGGAAGAGAAAGCUAAGAGGCAUGAAGAAGAGAAGCAAGAAGGAGCUAGCAAACAUGAAGAAGAGGGGCAGGAAGAAGCAAGCAAACAUGAAGAAGAGGAGCAAGAAGAAGAGCAAGAAGAAGUGCGGGAAGAUGAAGGCAGCAAGCAUGAUGAUGAAGAACAAGAAGCUGAAAUUAAGGAUGAAGAAGCAGAAGAUGAGGGAAGAGGAGAUGGAGAUGAUGAGGUCGAUGAAAACGAGCAAGAAAAAGUAGAUGGUGAAGCUGAUCAUGAAGAAGAAUUUCUAGAUGAGGAGAAGGAGAGAGAAGCGGAGGGUGAUGAUAAAGAAAAUGAGGAAAAAGAAAAUGAAGAAAAAGAGGGUCAAGAAGAAAGUGACAAUUUAUCAGAUGAACAGAAUCAUGAUGGAGGCGGCAGGAAUGCACAAGAGGCGAGAGAGGAGCAUUACAAAGCUGAUGAUGCUUCCAGUGCAGUGUCCCAUGACACCCAUGACACCCAAAUUAUUAACUCUGAAGCCAAUAAAUUAGAUAUGGAAAAUUCUAAUGACAACUCGACAAUGAAUGUUUUGGAGCAUGAGAGCAAAGCCAAUACAACUGAGGAAACUAAUGGUGAUGAAAACAAGCCAGAAUUGAAGGUUGAUGAAAGUAAACUCUCUGAAGGUGGUGGUUCCUUGAAUGAGACUGGAUCAUCCAACUCUGAGUAUAUAUCUCUUCCAAAUACGACAAACACAACUGUCUUCAUUGACCAAGCAAGCAAUAACUCUAUGGAAGUGAGUAACGAAACAGGCAAUAAUCCUGCAGUAUUGAAUACAGAAAUACCAGGUUCACUGCAGAAUGGAACUUCAGCUCAACAUACAACAGAAGAUGGUCUGGUAACUGAAGAAAAAUAUAAAGAGCAAGCCAAUGAGGCGAUUUCUAAUAACAAGCAGCCUGAUUCCAAUACAGUAGAUUCGAGUAAAAUUGAAAAUGUAGAUUCAGCCACAAGAGAUUCCUUGAAUUCUUUUACUGAUGCAGAGUCUGGUAUGUCUGAGGAUAUCACCAAGAUAAAUACAACAGCUAGAGGGGACAGUUUUGGGUCUUCCAUGACUAAGGAGAUUACUGAUUCAACUCAGAAUGAGAAAUCUGAAGGUAACAAUGAAUCAGGUGGAACAGAUGAAAACUGGGAUGGAGGUCAGCAUGAUCCCAUUGAUUCUUCUGACAAUAACCUCCCCCAAGAAGAGAAAGAUGCUCGUGUGGAUCUGAGUACAUUGCCAGAUAUUAAAACUGAAGGGAGCAACAACGAAGAAGCUGCAGCUGAAUGAAAAAUCUGAUUAAUGGCUGUCCCGUUUUCAUGAGUGCUCUAAAGUUGCUAUCUUUGCACUCUAUUUUGAUACAUAGACAGGUACUGGUUUUUAGAGUGUUUUACUUUAUUAAAAUAUCAAACUUUGUUUAGAGGAUACGGUUUCAACUUUGAAGGCAAAUUGUAGGCUAGUUGAUGUUUUCAGUGGAUGCAAGCUGUAUAAUUUAUGGCAACUUCCUGUAUGUCAAUAUUUUUUUAAUUUUCUACUUCCAAUUUCUGGCAUGGCUUAAUGCAUGACCAAAACUAGUCAGUUUAUGAAUGUUGGAGGCCUCCUUUAUGGAAGAAUAUUAUGAAUGCUGAGAAUUGACAAACGUCUUUUGAUGUCUUUGAAUGCAAUGUAGCCAAAAACAAUCCAAUUUCUGAAA